AAGCCUACCGAGUCGCUACCACCGUGUGGUUUCAUUUCGUUCUCCUUCGUUUACGUGCGGUGUUGAAAGUUUAAACAUUUCAAGAUGAAAGCUAUGGUUUGUGCUCUUGCCCUGGCCGCCGUCCUGGCCGUAGCCAACUGUGCGCCGUACCAAAUCGCUUACCUGAUCCCGGUCGAUGCCCCGGUUGCCCGUGUGGCCCGUUCGGCGCAGUUCAGCGGAAGUGCUGCUAAUGCCGGUGCCCAAUCGUUCAACUCUGGCGGUGGUUUCCCCGGAUUCGGAGGCUUCUCGGGAUCGGCCGCUAAUGCCGCUUCGCAGUCGUUCACCGCUGGUGGAUUCCCAGGACAUGGUGGAUUCGGUGGAUCUGCAGCUUCCGCCGGUGCUCAGUCGUUCUCGGGUGGUGCCGGAGGAUUCCCAGGCUUCGGAGGUUUCUCCGGAUCGGCGGCCAACGCCGGUGCCCAGUCGUUCAGCGGUUAAGCACCAGCGCAUCUAGCCUGCUGACCGAUCGGUGUCGUUUGGCACCGUGCGCAACAACACCCGCGUGGAAUUACGCCGGACAGGAGAACAGCAAGCAUAAGAACGAUACGCAUGUAGCUCUACUGACGGCCAGGAUUACGUUCUAGAAAUCGGUAGUCUGUACAAAAUACACACACAAACACAGCAAACACACGGUAAACCACUAAAUUACAAUGACUCUCAUGACACUUGCAUCUGCAGUUCGUGGACGCAAAGCGAACAUCGAACGGACGACAAAUGGCAACAUUGAUACCGUGAAAAGAAGAAGCAAACUCAAGGUGGUCGAUUGUGAUACGUUUGGAUAAAUUAUAACUUCUUUGUUUUAAA